AUGGCUUUAGCGGGCAUUUUGGUUUCAAUUUUCUUUGUUCUUGUAGGUCAUUUGAUCUUCAAGAUCGUCGUUCCGCCCCUCAACUUCCCCAGAAACAUUCCAACAAUACCAUUCUAUGUGAUCUUCUUACCUACAAUUUUCAACAUCGAUCAAACAAAAUUAUAUGACAUGUAUCUAAGAGAACCUUUAGAGAAGCAUGGGGCUGCUAAGAUAUUUUUUGGGUCGAGAUGGAAUAUUAUUGUGACUAGACCAGAAUUGAUGGCACAUGUAUUUAGAGAAGAGGAUACAUUUGCUAAGAGUGGUAACCAAAAAAAAAUUCCAUAUGCUGUGAUAGCAGCGUACACGGGCGAUAAUGUUAUUAGUGCUCAUGGCCAAGUUUGGAGGACGUACAGGUCAGUUGUGACAAAUGGGCUUCAGCAUUUUGACGAUAAGCCAUUCUACAAAAAUGCUGAACUUUUCUGCAAUGGUAUUGAAAAGCUCAGAAGAAAAACCCCUGAGAGUGCAAGCAUGGGUCCUCUGAUCCAGCGCCUAUGUUUGGAUAAUAUUUCAGAGGUUGCACUAGGAUUUGAUUUUGGUGCUCUUACUCAGGACGACAAUCAAUUACACAAGCAUUUGAUCGAUAUUAAAAAGCAAAUAUUCCAUCCUAUGUAUUUGACUUUUCCCUUCCUAGAUUUACUUCCAAUACCGGCUAGAAGAAAAGCUUUCAAAGAUGUCGCAAGCUUUCGAGAGCAACUUGUUACCAAGAUUCAAGAUAAUUUGGUCACAAAUUACAAAUUCGAGCAAACAUCCUUUGCAUCCAGUGAUUUGAUUCGGGCGCAUAACAAUGAAAUCAUCAAUUAUCAGCAAUUGACUGACAAUAUUGUUAUCAUCCUGGUCGCUGGCCAUGAAAAUCCCCAAGUGCUGUUAACAACCUCGCUGUAUCUACUUGGCAAACAUCCGGCAUUGCAACAGAAAAUCAGAGCAGAAGUGCAAGAUGUCAACGACUCUAAAGAAUUAUCAGAAUUACCUUUUUUGAAUUCUUUUAUUUUUGAAGCCAUCAGACUUUUCCCUCCAUUAAACAUUAUCAUUAACAGAAAGACGACUAAGGCUUGUCGGCUUGGUCCAGAAAUUGUUAUCCCAAAAGAUACGUAUGUUGGUUACAAUAAUUUUGGUACAAGUCAUGAUCCCAAAGUCUGGGGGCCCAAUGCAGAUCAGUUUGACCCUACCAGAUGGGGUGAAGACAACGAAACCAUUCUUAAAAAUUGGAAGCAUGCUAAAAAUGCAUAUACUAUGACAGCAUUUCAUGGUGGUCGCCGUGCUUGCUUAGGAGAAAAAUUGGCCUUAACCGAGAUGAGAGUUACGAUCGCCGAGGUUUUGAGGCAGUAUAAAUGGACGCUAGCGUCGGACUGGGAGGAAAGAAUGACGCCUGCAGGGCCAUUGAGUCCAUCUAACCUAAAAUUAAAUUUUGAGAGCUGUUCAGAUGCUAUAUAA